AUGGGUUCGGAUUGUAUGCAGCCCGGCAAGCGUGGCCUCACGGUGUCGGUUGCAGUGCUUGGUGGUGCAUGUCUAACAGUUAUGUUGGCGUAUCUGGUCUUCGGAGAUAGCACUGAUGAGUCCGGGUUGCGAACACUUCGGAUGGUAAGCAUUAUUUUUCGCCACGGGGACCGCUCUCCCACCGAUUUCUAUCCAAACGAUCCACAUCGAAAUCAUCACUGGACUGGCGGUUUAGGAGCCCUAUCUGAGAAAGGAUCUCAGCAAAUGUAUCAGCUUGGCAAGUUGCUACGACCGCGAUAUUAUCGUUUGCUUCCCCCGAACGGUUUAUACUCGAAGGAGCACAUGACCAUAGUAAGCAGUUACGCCGAGCGAUGCAUAAUGAGCGCUCAGAGCUUUAUAGCCGGAUUUCUUCCUCCGCUGGAAAAUACUAACCCCUUGCCCAUUCCAUGGCAGCCCGCAGCGGUCAAUGUAUUGUCACGCGAUCGUGACACGAUUUUAGCCCAAAAGCAACCUUGUCCGAGGUACGACCAAUCGAAACAACGUCUGGUAGCCUACCCUCCGAAGGAUGUUCGGGAAUUGUACGAAAAGAACGCGCCAUUGUUUCGUACGCUAAGCCAAGGCACUGGCCAAAACAUUAGUACUAUCCUCGACGUGGAGCUGCUAUACAAUACGCUAGAGAUAGAGAAAUCGGCUGGUCUGGAAUUGCCGGACUGGACGGAAGGAAUUUUUCCGCAGAAGAUGCUUCCGAUUGCCGAACGCAGCUUGGCGCUGAUAACCGAGUUGCCGUUGAUGAAGAAAAUCAAAGGAGGUGCGAUCGUGGCCGAACUGCUUGAUAAUGCCAUUCGUCGACGAUCCGGCAUACUGAUACCAGAGCGAAACAUUUUCAUUUAUUCCGGCCACGACGUUACACUGGUGAACUUUAUGCGCGCUCUGAAUGUAAUCGAUCAGACGACCGGCAAACCGGACUUUUCGGCCACGAUUGCAUUCGAGCUGCACCACAGCAUAACCUUUGAUGACGAUUUUGAGGUGAAGAUGGUGUAUUACUUCAACAGUGAGGACAAGUAUCCGAAGGAGAUCGAAAUACCGAAUUGCGAAAGUCCUUGUUCGCUUACCAAGUUCGAACAAGUUAUGGAUACAGUGCGUUUGCGAAACUACGACGAAACGUGCCAGCUAGUUUGA